UCUUAUCCAUUCUUUAUCACGGCUUUAUAUAUCAACCACCUCCUCGCCACUUUCUCGGCGAACUCACCAAAGCACCCUUCUUGCUUCAACCUUUUAGUUCACGGUAUCAACGAAGGAGAAAGAGAUGGCGUCUGCGAGGAGUGUUUCUUUGAUUGUGGCAGCAAGCGUGGGGACCGUGGAAGCUCUCAAGGAUCAAGCGGGACUUUGCCGAUGGAACUAUGCCCUGAGGUCUCUCCAACGGCGAGCCAGGAGUAGUGACAUGGGAUCGGUAGCUCAGGCCAGAAGGAUGUCUUCUUCUUCUUCUUCUAUUGUUGAGAGGAUGAAUGGAAGGGAAGGGAUCGAUGAGAAGACCAAACGGUCUGAGGAGUCACUUAGGAAAGUCAUGUACUUGAGCUGUUGGGGUCCCAAUUAGAGAACUGUGGACGCUGAAUUCUGUUGGGUUUUUGUGUUCUCGUUUAUGGGACAUUUGUAAUUGUAAAUUUUGAGUGCAUAUUAAGAUAUUUUGGAAUUGGUCAUCA